AUGCAGACCAGAUCCACUCGCAAGACGAUGCGGCUCAAACAGCCGUACGAGAAAUCUGCAACGACUGCGAGAGCCCGCUCCUCGAAGACAAAGUCUCCCACUCGAGUUUCGGAAACUGCUUCAGCCCCCUCCCAGUCUCUCCCGCCGACCGCAACUGCAACGCCAUCGUCGGCAUUAGCCAAAUCCUCUGCCGCGCAUUUUACUGGUCAAACGGGGCUCGCUCGCGACGUGUAUGUGGAGUUCUUCAACAAGACGUAUCCGGGAAUGGAACCACGCCAUGACUACGACUUGUCGAUCCUCGGGUCGAACAGGCGCGAGGGAACGCCCACAGAGAUUUUCGCGUGGGCGGACGAACAGCUGCGAGUCUCUAUGAAGUUGUUAGGCUCUCGGGAGAAAGUUUUUGCGAACACGAAAAAAGCGCUAGAUAUGGUCGUAGGCAUCACAGGGCGCAAGCCACGCCCCGGCCGCGACCUCGUUCACACCCGUCCUAUCCCGGGAAGCAGAUACUCCAUUCGACUAUGGCCCGGCAACCCAUACGUUCACGAGUAUUGCAUGGACUUCGUGGACACGGAGACCCAGGAAGCCGUCAACUCCCCGUUCGAUUUCGAGCUCUGGGUCGUCCCUAGUGCCGAUGCGACGUGGCUUGGCAUGCCGUCCGGUCGUCUCCAUUCGCUGGAGCGGAACUUCCACAUCGCGCAAGACAAGAUCCUUCAGGGCGAAGAGAAGUGGGUUCUUCGCGAUGGGCAGACUUGUCUACUCAAGCGUCCUGGAAAGAAGAACGUGAUGUUCACUGUCCCGAAGCGCAAGUUGAAUCCGUCGCCCGCCGCCGACUGUGAGAUUGACAUCCUUGACUUUCCCAAGGAGGUGUAA